AUGUCGAAUCGGAUCGUGCCUUUGUCGAAGACUCCGAAACUCAAACAGUUGGCAAAGUUGCAGUGCAAUAUUUUCAGAACAACAUACAAUCCACAACAACUCAGAACAGAGGCCCACAUACUGAGAAAGCCUCUUAAAGGACAAAUUAUAUCCAACUACUAUGGACCAGCCGACUUCCCAACUCCGUUCCAAAUCGCCAAACUAUGGAAAUCGGACGACUUUAGACUUGUGAUCGAGAAGGAAGACUACAGACAGAGAAGAGUUAACAUGCUUAGAAAGAGAGGUAAAGGUGCUCCAACCAAACAGAAAGGUCCCGCCGACGCAAAGAAGAAGAAAUAG